CGCUCGCUCAGGUAAAUUUUUCCAUAACCUUAUGGAGAGAAAGGACUUUGAGACAUGGCUUGAUAACAUUUCUGUUACAUUUCUUUCUCUGACGGACUUGCAGAAAAAUGAAACUCUGGAUCACCUGAUUAGUCUGAGUGGGGCAGUCCAGCUCAGACACCUCUCCAAUAACCUGGAGACUCUGCUCAAUCGGGACUUCCUCACACUCCUUCCCCUGGAGCUCAGUUUUUAUUUGUUAAAAUGGCUCGACCCUCAGACUUUACUCACGUGCUGCCUCGUCUCUAAACAGUGGAAUAAGGUGAUAAGUGCCUGUACAGAGGUGUGGCAGACCGCCUGUAAAAAUUUGGGCUGGCAGAUAGAUGAUUCUGUUCAGGACGCUUUGCACUGGAAGAAGGUUUAUUUGAAGGCUAUUUUGAGAAUGAAGCAACUGGAGGACCAUGAAGCCUUUGAGACCUCAUCUUUAAUUGGACACAGUGCCAGAGUGUAUGCACUUUACUACAAAGAUGGACUUCUGUGUACAGGGUCAGAUGACUUGUCUGCAAAACUGUGGGAUGUGAGCACAGGGCAGUGUGUUUAUGGCAUCCAGACGCACACUUGUGCUGCGGUGAAGUUUGAUGAGCAGAAGCUUGUGACAGGCUCCUUUGACAACACCGUGGCCUGCUGGGAAUGGAGCUCCGGAGCCAGGACCCAGCACUUCCGGGGGCACACGGGGGCGGUGUUUAGUGUUGACUACAACGACGAACUGGACGUCUUGGUGAGUGGCUCUGCAGACUUCACCGUGAAAGUAUGGGCUUUAUCUGCUGGGACAUGCCUGAACACUCUCACCGGGCACACAGAAUGGGUCACCAAGGUGGUCUUGCAGAAGUGCAAAGUCAAGUCUCUCUUGCACAGCCCUGGAGACUACAUCCUCUUAAGUGCAGACAAAUAUGAGAUCAAGAUUUGGCCAAUUGGGAGAGAAAUUAACUGUAAGUGCUUAAAGACGUUGUCUGUCUCUGAGGAUAGAAGUAUCUGCCUGCAGCCAAGACUUCAUUUUGAUGGCAAAUACAUUGUCUGUAGUUCGGCACUGGGCCUCUACCAGUGGGACUUUGCCAGUUAUGAUAUUCUCAGGGUCAUCAAGACUCCGGAGAUAGCAAACCUGGCCUUGCUUGGCUUUGGAGACAUCUUUGCCCUGCUGUUUGACAACCGCUACCUGUAUAUCCUGGACUUGUGGACAGAGAGCCUGAUUAGCCGCUGGCCUCUCCCCGAGUAUAGGAAGUCCAAGAGGGGCUCCAGCUUCCUGGAGGGUGAAGCGUCCUGGCUGAACGGACUGGACGGGCACAACGACACGGGCCUGGUCUUCGCCACCAGCAUGCCCGACCACAGCAUCCACCUGGUGCUGUGGAAGCAGCACGGCUGACGUGGGGCGCCGGGGCUGCGGCCCUGGCGCACGGCCCCUGGCAGCCACCUGCAUGAACCAAAGUUCUCACCUCACGGCAUCAUCGCGCAGCGCACAAUCACUAUCUGUUUGCCGGGGCCGGGGCUCGGGGCGGGGGGCUCGUCUUGUGGACACACACCGCAGCACGCUGACGGGGCGCACCGUUGGCUUCAUGUGUUCCUAGUUUGUGGUCAGUGUGAGAGGCUUCGUCUGGGGUUCAUCAUUUAUUUGUCCUUAGUUAUGUGGGUCCGUGUGAGAGGCUGCAUCUGGGGUUCAUCUUUCUUGAAUAUUGGUUUUAAGUAAAGAAAUUUAAAUGGCUCAUUAAUCUGCUAAUUGGUUGCCUAUAAAAACACAGUCUAUUAUUAAAGCUUUUUACCAUU